GACCUGGCAACCCUGAUAUAAGAGCCAUUUUGUUGUAGUGUUUGAGGGAAAAUUAGCCAGUUAACGAUGAACAUUGUGCCCUGUUUACUAGACACUGUGUGGUCUCUCUAUCAGAUAUUAAGCCAAAACGCUACAUAAGGUGUAAACGUAUGUGUCGGGCGAAAGGUUUUUGUUAUUUACACUGUUUACAUGUUUGUUUUUACGCAUUAGCAGCCGUGCUAACUCGGCUAGCCGGCUAACUUCAGCUGUAGUUCCUCUCGGGUUCAACUUUGUCAGUAAACGCGUUUCACGUUAUACACACGUCGAGGUGUUUGAACCGAAGAAGGCGUCGUUUUCAGCGAUAAAACACAACAGUGCGAGUUUAAAAAAAAACAAGUAAAUGAUGGCAGAAGAGUCUCGACACAAGAGCGCGAGUUUCUCAGCUCUGGUGGAAAACAGCAACGGAGUCACUAAAACACCGACCUCUAAAUCAGGCACCUCGAAGAAACUGGUGAUUAAAAACUUCAAAGACAGACCCAAGCUUACAGAAACCUACACAGAAGACACAUGGCUGAAGUUGCGCGAUGCUGUGGGUGCGAUCCAGAACAGCACAUCAAUCAAAUACAACCUGGAGGAGCUUUAUCAGGCAGUGGAAAACCUUUGCUCUUACAAAGUCUCGCCCAUGUUGUACAAACAACUCCGACAAGUGUGUGAAGAUCACGUGCGAGCGCAGAUCCACCAGUUUAGGGAAGACUCUCUGGACAGUCUGUCUUUUCUGAAGAGGAUGAACAGAUGCUGGCAAGACCAUUGCAGACAAACAAUCAUGAUCCGUAGUAUUUUCCUCUUUCUGGAUCGCACAUACGUCCUCCAGAAUUCCCUCCUCCCCUCCAUAUGGGACACGGGGCUGGAGCUGUUUCGCACACACAUCGUGGGCGACAGCGCAGUCCAGAGUCGUACAGUAGAAGGAAUUUUGGAGCAGAUCGAACGAGAGAGGAACGGAGAGACGGUGGAUCGGAGUCUCCUGCGCAGCUUAUUAGGCAUGCUGUCAGACCUGCAGGUGUAUAAGGAGUCUUUCGAAAACAGGUUUCUGAUUGAGACGGAUCGCUUGUAUGCAGCCGAGGGUCAGAGGCUGAUGUUAGAAAGAGAUGUUCCCGAAUACCUUCACCACGUAGCACGACGACUAGAGGAGGAGAUCGAUCGUGUCAUCAGUUACCUGGAUCAGAGCACUCAGAAGCCAUUGAUCUCCGCAGUAGAGAAGCAGCUUUUGGGCGAACACAUGACUGCCAUUUUACAGAAAGGUCUCAACACGCUGUUGGAUGAGAACCGUGUGACUGAGCUGACUCUGCUGUACCAGCUAUUCAGCAAAGUGAAGGGAGGCCUGUCAGUAUUACUGCAGUUCUGGAGAGAGUACAUCAAGAGCUUUGGCGGCGAGAUCGUCGGCUCUCCCGAAAAAGACAAGGACAUGGUGCAGGAACUGCUGGACUUUAAGGACAAAAUGGACAACGUGGCGCACGGCUGCUUCCAGAGGAACGAGGGCUUCAUCAAUGCCAUGAAGGAAGCCUUCGAGAGCUUCAUUAACAAGAGACCCAACAAACCAGCAGAGCUUAUUGCCAAAUACGUCGACUCCAAACUACGCGCCGGUAACAAAGAGGCCACAGAAGAGGAGCUGGAGAGAAUCCUCGACAAGAUCAUGAUUAUCUUCCGCUUUAUCCACGGUAAAGAUGUGUUUGAAGCAUUCUACAAAAAGGACCUAGCGAAGCGCUUACUGGUGGGAAAAAGCGCCUCUGUGGAUGCUGAGAAAUCCAUGCUGUCCAAACUCAAACAUGAGUGCGGUGCAGCGUUCACCAGCAAGCUCGAGGGCAUGUUCAAAGAUAUGGAACUCUCCAAAGACAUCAUGAUCCAGUUCAAACAGUACAUGCAGAAUCAGAGUGAACCCAGCAACAUCGAUCUGACGGUCAACGUCCUCACCAUGGGCUACUGGCCCACCUACACCCCCAUGGAUGUCCAUCUGCCCUCGGAGAUGGUAAAGCUGCAGGAGGUGUUCAAAACAUUCUAUCUCGGAAAGCACAGCGGGAGAAAGCUUCAGUGGCAGCCCACGCUCGGCCAUGCGGUGCUUAAAGCCGAGUUUAAAGAGGGAAAAAAGGAGCUGCAGGUUUCUUUAUUCCAGACACUUGUUCUGCUCAUGUUUAAUGAAGGGGAGGAUUUUACCCUGGAGGAGAUCCAAACAGCUACAGGAAUAGAGAAGAGUGAGCUCGGACGCACGCUGCAGUCCCUGGCAUGUGGGAAAGCUCGAGUAUUAAAUAAAAAUCCCAGAGGGAAAGAAGUGGAGGACGGAGACCGCUUCAACUUCAAUAACGACUUCAGACACAAACUGUUUCGCAUCAAAAUCAACCAGAUUCAGAUGAAGGAGACGGUAGAGGAGCAGGUGAGCACCACAGAGCGUGUCUUCCAGGACAGGCAGUACCAGAUAGACGCUGCAGUGGUGAGGAUCAUGAAGAUGAGGAAGACACUGAGCCACAACCUGCUGGUAUCAGAACUCUACAACCAGCUCAAGUUCCCUGUGAAGCCAGGUGACCUGAAGAAGCGCAUCGAGUCCCUGAUUGACCGAGACUACAUGGAGAGAGACAAAGAGAGCCCUAACCAGUAUCAUUAUGUUGCCUGAGAUCCAGUCUGGAGGCACAGGCACAGCCACUGAUCUGAGAUCUGCCCUUUACCUGGGCUGCGUGCCCAAGGACAGCCUGUAACCCACCCUUCGAGGACCCUGAAUAUGCCCACCAGUAGAGUGACCAGGGUUGGCAUGGGGCCUUAUUGUACUGUACAGCGGUGGGGUUACGUUGUGUGACGUUAGGAGGAUCACACUAGAAGAAUGAUCAGCUGAUGAUUUCCACAAAAAGCACUUUGUUUUCCUCUUACUUUUCAUUUUAUUUUGUUGUUUUUUUGUUUUGUUUUUGCUUUUUGUGGUCAGUCUUCACUUUGGACAUCUUUCACAUGCGCUAAUAGUUUAUGGUCAUAGUUCUUUUUUUUUAAGCUGUUCUGACUGCUGACAUGUCAGAGGUCGCUAGAGAAUGAGGAGUGUGUUGAGGUUCUGUGGUAACAUCAGGGUUUUUGAGAAUUUUCACUCAGGCAAUGGAAAUGUUGAUUAAAAUAAAAGUUAAAAAAAACAACAAAAAAACAAGAAUUUUAUUUCCAAAAGCUUCACUAACCGAUAAAUACUGCAGGAUUGGGUUUUAUGAUGUUCUCUAGGUUUCACACACUGAAAAAGAGUGAUAAAAUGUAUGCUUUUUUUUUUUUAAGACUCAACAAAGCACAUUAGUAUGUAUGCGUGUAUGUGUGUUGUGUGGAUAUGUGUGCUAUUUUUUUUUUCUUCUUUUCCUCCUUCUAAUUCACUACUAAACUUAAUCUGACCAACAUCUCUGGCUCCUCAGUUUGUAGAAUAUGAGGCUGUAUUUUUUGUAAAUGCAGACUGACUUCGAUUAAACUAUGUUUAAUUUGAA